AUGGCUCAUUUAAGUAGAAGUGGUCAAGCAUUGGCGGGUACGCCCGACCUUCGUUUAUCAAAUUCGGAAGCUAAGGAGGCAAGUAAGUAUUUCUUCGACGUAACACAUACCAUUGAGGUUUUCGAAGCGGUUGGAAAGAGAAUCUUGGUCACGGAGGAGUAUUUUAGUGAUAUUAAGGAGAUUUGGUUGAGGUUUAGGGAGUUAGAGGAGAGUGGUGGGGGUUUGGUGAGGAGUUUGAAGGCGAUGGGGACGUGA